GCCCUCCUCACUCAGACUCCAUCCAGCUUCUCGCUCGACUCUGCUCCCUUCCCUUUGUCCCAGCUGCUUAAACUACUGACUGUCCGACAUGUCUGAAUACUGCCCUGUCUACGCUCCCUUCUUCGGUGCAUUGGGCUGCACAAGUGCCAUUGUCUUCACCUCAAUUGGAGCCAGCUAUGGGACAGCAAAAUCUGGUGUCGGCAUUUCUGCCAUGUCGGUUCUCCGACCAGACCUUAUGAUGAAAUGUGUCAUUCCAGUCGUCAUGGCUGGUAUCAUUGCUAUUUACGGUCUCGUCGUUUCCGUGCUCAUCUCUAGUGACUUGACCUACAAACAACCCCUUUUCGUCGGUUUCGUCCAGCUCGGUGCCGGUCUCUCCGUCGGUCUCGCAGGUCUUGCAGCCGGAUUUGCUAUUGGUAUUGUCGGUGACGCUGGUGUCCGUGGGACUGCUCAACAACCUCGUCUCUACGUCGGAAUGGUCCUUAUUCUCAUUUUUGCUGAAGUGCUUGGUCUUUACGGACUCAUUGUUGCACUCAUCAUGAACGGUAGAGCUCGUGACGCCGUUGGAGUGUGUAUUUAGUGACUUAUACAAAGAGGCUUUGCUACGCGAUCGUAGUUUGGGACAGUUUACCGUACUGCAUUGUUCAUCAUUUGCCUAGCUAGCUUCGCACUGCACACUCCUCACCUGCGCGAUUCCUCUUGCAUUCUUCCUUUCAUGGAUACAAUUUCUGCUGUGGUUUAUAGCAGCACUUGCAAUUCAAGACCGUAUUUAUUUUUUGGUAUUACUGUGCGAGAUUUGUUUGUGUGCGUUGUCAGUGAGGUUCCAUGAGCAUCAUGGCUAUUAUGCAGUCGUAUCACC